AUGACUGAACAGUUCUUUACUCAGCAUCUGCGGCAACAGGUUGGUAAUAGCAGUUCUCGGAGCCAUCUCCCUGAGGACCGCUACACAACUAUUCCUUCAAAGAUGUGCUGGCUCCGCCUCACUUGCUUCUGGCUGAUCAGAGAAACCAGCUGGCAAACAGUGUCUGCAGAAGAGGUGCGGGCGCACCCGUUCACUGAUGUGACCCUCGACUGCGAGUUCUCCUUUAUAGAGAGCACAGAAGACCUUGAGUUUUACUGGGAAAGGGAAGACAUAAUAGAGGAAUAUGAGGUGGAAGACCGUGACUUUUACCGCUUUUUCAAGUACUACGAUUUCUUUCAAGUGUACACAAAGGUGGUUUACCAGUUCUACGACAAGGCAGAGCAACUUGAGGACCAGAAUGCCUUAUAUGAGGGAAGGGUCUCUGUGGAUCAGAACGAGAUUUCCGAGGGUGUUCUGUCCCUUCUGCUGCGGAACGUGGAUUUCAUGGACGAAGCUGUGUACAAGUGCUCUGCUAUCACCCCCAACGGCCGAGGCGAGAGUAAGGUCAAGCUGAUAGUGGAAGACUCUGAAAUGCCCCAGGUGAAGUUUGACAAGAUUGAUGAUGAAGAUGUGGUUACAUGCACAUCAAAGGGCUGGUACCUCACACCCAAUGUGACCUGGUUAGAUCGGGGAGAAAGGGACAUUAGCAACCACAGUACGGUAGAGGUCCUGGAGGAGCAGAUGAAUGGCUUGUUCAGAGUGUACUCUGUCCUCAAAUAUCCAGUCAAGUUAAAUGAAAAAUACGUCUGCCAUAUUACGGAGACAAAUGAAAAUAACCGGCCCAUCAGAUCCAUCCGGCGAUACCCUAAGAAAAGGUUCGGUGAAUAUGAAUACUAAGAGAUCCAAAUGCCCAAGAAUCUGCUGUGCCUUUAGUCAGCGGAGUUCCUGGUUUCUCUUGUGAGUGAUGUUCUUUUUGUCCUGGACC